AUGAUUGGUAGGGCUACUAAAAGGGUGCGGCAUCCGACUGCUGGAUUUCGGGGAUGCACUGCCGAUGGAAGCGAUCGUAGUGCCUGUGUGUCGACGCUAUCGAAUCCACUACGUGUAUUGCCGAAAGACGAUUGCUUCGAUCCAAUCGGUGUAGGUUGUCUCAACUUUAGUCCCCAAGAGAACUCCAACGAUCAAUGUGAGCUGAAACACGUAGGACAGCGCAACUCGGAGAGCAGCUAUCUGGACCUUUCGAGUGUUUACGGAAAGCGACCUACCUACGAUUCGAAUGGCAAACUAAAGCUGUUCACCUGUGGAGGUACGAGGCCCAUAGUGGAAUCGGAACCGACUAGUGUACAGUUCUUUGCACUUGCUGGUCUCUUCGGUCAGCUUCACAACUACUGUGUAGAUCAAGUGCGAUCCUGUGGACAUCCGAAAGGGCCUGUCGAGGAACGUUGCCGUGCAUUUACUAUCGGAGUGUAUCAGAAAAUCAUCUACGAGCAGCUUUUGCCCUUCCUUUUCGGCGAGCAGUUCUAUUCUCAGUGCGGGUUCGACUGUGAGUACAAUCCGGAUGUAGAAGCAUCCGUCUCACAGCUUUACAAGAGCGCUGCGGGGCGAUUCCAACAUAUUUGGAUUCCACAAACAUUAAAAUACAUAGCAAACGGUGAUCGGAGAUCCUUACCGUUUCAUGAGUUUUUCCACAAUACCGAAAAAUAUGACUGCAAUGGUGUAUUGGCCGGCGUUGUUGAAUCACCCAUCAGCAUUAACCGAUUCACGGAUGCGUAUCAGUGUCUGUUUUACUCGGUGGAUGGCAAACGUGGCACCUGUUUGACUUGCAUCGAUUUGGCAAGGAAUCGAGAAGCAGGUCUUUGCCCGCUGUUGACAUACAAGCAUUACAUCGAGGAAAUAUUUGGAGAGACGGAUUCUAGUAAAUGUUAUUCUAAGUUCGAAGAUUUAGAGGAUAUGUUUCACCCAGAGAUUAUUAAGCUAAUGAAAGCCAAGUAUCAUUCUCCUGCCGACAUCGAUGCAUUGUUUUGUAAUUUGGAUCGUCGAAUCCCUUCCGGAGCUUCACUGCCGAAGUUUGUGGCUCAGGCGACUUGCCUGGAGUUUAAGCGGCUGAAGUGCACUGAUCGAUUUUUCUACACUCGUAACCCAAACUUGGGCGAAGGGGCGCGGAAGCUGAUCACUAAUCUAGACCUUACGGUGCUCUUAGCUCUCUUUACAAAUCUACGCGAAGUACCAACACAACCGCUUGUUGUUGAUAGCAGUAAGGUUGAAACGGCAAAGGGUACGGAUGGCGUGAGCCAGAAGCUUCCUUCCGAAGAUCUUUCUCCGAGCUGCGAAGCUCCUAGCACCAACGUUCACAUGAAACAAACCCCCUGCAAGGAAGUGAGCCUUCGUAAGCUCUCAGCAUCAUCCGGUAGAACGUUGUCGGGACGAGUUGAGGUACGACAUCAGGGACAUCCGGAAGCGCAGCGGACAGCAGUUCGCACUUGCUCCAGUGCGAACAUCGCACUCCCUCCUCAUCGCUGUUCACAGUAG